AUGGCCGACGCCCAACUCUACGAAGAAACCUUCCAAUGCACCACCCUCAUCACAGAAACCUACGACCGCGUCCACCGAGUUUUGGGGACAUCGCACGACAACACCACCUCGAUAACGCUGGACAUCAACUCGGAACUCUACCCCAUCGGAACCCAAGACUCUUUCAACAUGUUGAUCGCCAGCACGUUGAAUUUAGACGGAACGAAAGAAGAAGCGGCGACGGGGUGGAGACCGAGGAAUACCGAGCCGAGUUUGGCGGAUAUGUGGGAUUAUGUUUGUUAUGGGAAGGUUUAUAAGGUUGAGGAUCCGGAGGAUGGGGAUCGGAUUAAGGUGUAUGUGUCGUUUGGGGGAUUGCUGCUUUGUCUUGAUGGGCCGUAUAAGAAGCUUAGUCCGCUGAAGAUUGAGUAUGUGUAUAUGCUGCUCAAGAAGUAG